GAUAUGUUCAAAUCAGAAAUUAAUCAAGACAUGCAGACUUUAUUGACUUGAAAACUAAUGGAAGUCUUUUGCUGGAUCUGAGAGAAGGAAAACUGAUUCGCGGUUCACUUCAUUAGUGCUGUGGCGAGACGUGUAAGGCAAUCGCCACCGUCCUCUUUCCUCGUCCGUUCAUUACACUUGUGAUGUGAUUGGUGAAAGAUACGUGACUUCGCGUGCUGGUGAACAGCUAAAAGUGCCCAUCUGGACGGCAGGGUGAGCCGCACAGAGAUAAGAUUCAAUUGUAUUUUGCCAGAGUCAUGGCGGUGUGAGUUUGUUUACAUCGCUGGCUCUCCUUGCCUUGAUGGCAACUGUGAUCUAAAUGAAGGAUGAAUGGUGACUUCGCCUGGUUGAGGAACGCUAAGGUGACGCACGAAGAUGAAAGGGUCCGCGUCGCAGCAUGAGUGGGCGAGGCUCGUCGGGCGGGAUGUUCACGCCGCCCACCCCGCACCGCUCCCGCUCCGCCAUCUCCACGCCCCCCGCCAGGAAAAAGGAGGAAAGGAGGGGGCGACGCACCACGAUCUCCUCUACACCUUCCCCACCACCAUCCAUAACUUCCCAGACUACCAACACCACCACAAACACCACCACCACCACCACCACACCUUCCAUCAUAGUCUCGGCACCCACCAUCACCACCACACCUUCCAUCAUAGUCUCGGCACCCACCAUCACCACCACAAGCACAAGUACCAGCCCUCCCACCACAGCCACCACCACUAUCACCAUCACCAUUACCACCACGGCAAGCCCCUCCCCCUCCCCCACCACCGUCAGCACCUCCAGCAGUAAAGGCCACACCAGCAGCAGUCACCAGCUGUCCCCGUGGCCAGGCCCCGCCUCCCUCUCACCGUCAGGAGGCGGCAAGAAGAAUUGUUCCUCCAACGACUCGCGCCUGGUCGUCUUGGGCUACCCGGCUGUGGGCAAGUCAGCCUUGGUAGUUCGCUUCCUGACGGGACGGUUCAUCUGGGAAUACGACCCCACCCUGGAGGCAGCGUACAGACACCACACGGUUGUGGACGACGAGGUGGCUGUGAUGGACAUCCUGGACACAGCCGGACAGGCUGAUGGGGCUCUGAGGGAGGGUCUGGCACGCUGGGGCGAGGGGUUCCUGCUGGUGUUCAGUGUGACGGACCGCGCCAGCUUCUCUUUCCUGCAACCACUCCACGCAGCGCUUGCAACAGCCAGGACAACACCAAACUUUCCUUGUGUCAUAGUGGCUAACAAGACAGAUUUAGGACACAUCACCUCAGUGACUGAAGCUGAGGCAGAGUGUCUGGCAAGUGAACUGGGCACCUCCCUCUUCUUCACCUCAGCGAGUGAUGGUGGUCCUUCCAUUCAAGCUGCCUUCUCUGAGUUGCAUCGGGAUGUUGUUCGUCGACGCUGGACCCGCCGCCGGCGCUCCUCUGCCAAAACAGUCAUUGAGGGCUUCUACAAGAUGUUUACACGGUGACAUGACGGGCUAGAGGUUCUUGGAGGACUCUGCAUUAUCUCUGUUAUGGCGAAGAGGAAACUCCUAUGGGACCCCUGUAAGCCACUCAACAUAGAGCCUUUUGAAGUAAGGUUGCACUCCAUCUUGGUCUGUUGCUGUCUGGGUUACACUCUGUUUUGGCCUUUUGCCAUCAGGGUUACAUCAUCUUGUUACUUUAUAUUAGAUUAACUUGUGUAACAAACGAUAAAGUAUUUCAUAUGACCAAUUUGGACCUCUUUGGGCAACAAAGGACAUCCUCAUUGGUCAAUAAAUCUUAUAUGCUUAUAAAGUUUUGCACUCUAGAGUAAAGCAUUCCUUUACUGGCCAAAUAAGAUCACAUUCUCUGCUAGGAUGGUAAGAACAUUGUACUUUACAGCAAGUAGCUGCCUUGAGUGGGGCAAACCCACAACUGUACAGACAGGAUCAGAGAAACUGCAAUAACACACAUGAGAAAAUCUUAUAAUGUAAUACCAAUGAGUGCCAGGCAUCAAAUCCAGACCUUCUGUGGCUCAGUUAGUUUGCUGCCCUGUCAUCUUCUUGAAAGGCCUGGGUUUGAUCCCUGGCACUCAGUGUUGUUACAUUAUGGGAUAAAUAGACAUGAGGUGAAACAUCCGUGAGAGAAGUGACUGAUCUCUGGUGCAGUGGUUGGGAUCACAACCAAGAGAUCCCGGGUGCAUUCAUCAGGUGGAGAUGAAUGGGCAGCCUCUUCACUUCCUAGUCUGUUACCUAGCAGUCCUUCAGGACCAGUUAUAAGUCUGGAGUUGUGGUCCCAAUUGUUGUGCAUCCCAGGAACGUGACCUUCAUAUGUCACAGCACUUUCCCCUGGUUCCAUAUUGUGGGGAGUGCAGACACAGUACCCAAAGGUUUUGGUAAACUUAUGGGCAUAUGUCUUGCACGUCUUAUAGAGCAAGUGCCUUUAAAAAUGCAACACAUAUCUUGGUUGAUAUCCAAAAGACUGCAAAUUUUCACCACACAAGGCACACAGCUAGCAUGCUUAAUGCCAAACACACUACCAUAUGGUUAUAAUUAUUCCUCUAUUGCAAUUCUUUAUAGUAUGAAAGUAGUAAAUGACUGCCAUUUGUAAGAAGGUUAUUGGGAUUCAGAAUAGGAGGCCUGGCAGUGUUGAGAUUGGGGUACACCUACUGGUCUGGCAUGAGCAAUGGUAUUAAUCUCUUGCCAACUGCACCCAUUUGUGGUUGAAAAUACUUGGUUGAUGAGCAUAUAAUAAGAGUGAGACUGAAGCACAUCUUGGGUUUCAUGUCUCUUGUUGCAGGAUACACUCCUACUGAUGUGUGAAAGUGAUGAGGAGGUUGUGUUCUACACCACUAGACUCCAUCUUAGACUGGUGUCCCCCUCAGGACACACUCAUUGUUAUGGAUGACUUUAUUGCAACUACUUGCACUGUGAGAGCUGGCUAUGAGCUACUUGUUGGUCCCAUUGGAUCUGGUACCAGAAACACCAGCUGCUCUUGCCUGAAUUUUGCAAGAUCCAAGAGGAUGAGCACUGUAGGUUCUUGGUAUCAGCAAUCACAGCUCCAACGCUAAACUUGAUGUGGCAAUGCUGGACGAGUAACCAAGGAGAUUGACCACAUCUUUGUAAGCACUUCAGAACUAGGGUUUCCUGGAGUGUAGAGUUCUUUGCAACUGAUUAUAAGCUCAUUGUUGCAACACUCUGCUUCAUAUUAGGUCAAGAAGAAUCUCAAUAUAUAGCCAUCACACUGUGUUUCAUCUUGAGACUGAAAGACUUGGGAAGUGCUCAUGAGUAUGAAAUGACAGUCUCUUAUUGGUUUAAUGUGUUCAGCACCCUUGAGGAUCCUUGAGAUUUGUGGUAAUGCCUGCAUAAGUGAACUCUAAGCUGCAAAAGAGUGCAUUGGAGAUGCCAAAGGUCAAGGAGUGGUUUUGCUGUAGAAGAGAGACUGGGAAAUUUCAAGAAGUCACACUGCCAGACUUGUUGGAAAAUAAGGAACAAUGUAGGGUCCUGUCACAUAAGGCUAGAGCUUUCCAAAGGAUUGCUGUAAGGCAGUCUAGUACCAUUGCUCCUGACUGGAAGAGAAGGCUGGUUGUCCCUAUCUGGAAAAGGAGAGGAAACAGUCUGGACUGUCUUGUCUGGAAUCUUGUGACAGGGCUUGGUCUAUGGUGUUAUGGACUCACUCAGCACAAGUAUACAUAUAGUGUUGUUGAUACAUGUGCAGGAGAACAAAGAUUUGGAUCUUCAUCCCUUGUGUUCCCAAGCUUACUUUAUGGGCGAGACACGGACACUAAAUAAAGAUGAAGAGGGGAACUGAUGCUUCUUGAUAAAUGCCAAUGCAGAAUCAUGGGAUAUUGCUGGAAUUUUCUUUUGAGGCAAAUCAGUGAUUACUCAGUGAGACUGAAUCAAGGCCUAUUACUUGCAUAGUCCAUGAACACCAACUCUAUGUAUACUGGCAUGUUGAAUGCUACCAGAAGUUGACCUUUGCUAGCUGGGUUAUAUCUGUAAGAGACAAUACUGAUUGCAGGACAAUGAAUCAAGGCCUAUUACUUGCAUAGUCCAUGAACACCAACUCUAUGUAUACUGGCAUGUUGAAUGCUACCAGAAGUUGACCUUUGCUAGCUGGGUUAUAUCUGUAAGAGACAAUACUGGUUGCAGGACAAGGGGAUGCCCACAAAGCCUGUAAUUUAGGUAAGUCAAUGGAUCCUACCAUGAGGUACUUAGGAUGAGAGGGGGCCUGAAUGGAAACUUGCUUGGAGGAACUGCUGGAGUUAGUGUUGUAGACUGGGCGAAGUGAUGCCCCCCCAGCAGGUGUAUGCCCCUAUUGUUUGAUUUGUAGAAAUUAUUUCUUAAAACUUGUGUAACAAAACAAAAAGCUGUGUAGUUUAGAAAUGUAAAAUAAUCAAUUCACUGGUCAAAGAGGAGAAAAAUAAGGGACUAGGGUUACUAGGGCAGUUGGGAGUUGUCUUAUGCAAAGACUAUCCUGCUAAGUUCAAAUUUUGGAUGCACAGUUUUGGGUUAGUUUUUGACAAACCGCCUUGUGUGAAACCACCUUAAUAGAUUUGAUUAAAAGUGUUCACUUAUUACAGUAACAAAACAAAAGAACAGGAGUGGUAAAUCAUGACAUUGUAACAUUGCUGUUUAUGUAAAGUUGUCUUCCCACACUAUGAUUGUGAUUUUUAACACUGUAUCCUAGAGCUGCAACUCCUUCAACAAGUGAGAGGUUUGGGUCCAAGUUGCUUACAUGCUUUAGAAUUAAAAAAAAACUAAUUUAUACUUUUCAAUAAAAAGACUGAUAUUAUUCAAGACACUUUUAAUAACAGAAUAAUAUCGUACAUAAUGUACAAGGAGUGAUGAUAUCUGAAGCUUUAUUACAUGCUACUUGUACAGUUACUAAAUGCAGUAUUGCAUUAGAUUAAGCCUUAAGUAUAUCACAAAGAAUUUUAAAAUUGCAUAUGCUAGAGGUAAUGCAAGGGUCAUUUUUAUCUUUCAUACAUUAAAACUUCUAACACAAUAAAAAAAAUCAUAUUGGAGAUGUGUACACAGCUUUUGACUGAUAGUUUUAAAACUGCAUAUGCUAGAGGUAAUACAAGGAUCAUUUUUAUCUUUCAUACAUUAAAACUCCUAAAACAUUUUUUUAAUCAUAUUGGAGAUGUGUUUAAAACUGCAUAUACUAGAGGUAAUACAAGGAUCAUUUUUAUCUUUCAUACAUUAAAACUCCUAACACA